UUUGUUGGUCAGCUUCGUAUUCGUCGGAUCUACAAAAGUCAUGUCUCUUCUGUCACCGCCCCCUUCCCUUCCAGUCCCUUCAUUUUCUCCUUCCCACACCCCCUCAGACCCUCGCUCACCAGCCCACCGGCAAUGACGACCCGCCCCAUCCUUUCCAACCUACGGCGGGCUCUCCCCCGACUCCCUCGCGGUCAACCGCCGCCCCUGCACAAGACUUGCCCCCGGCGGCACAAGAGCACCUCAUCCUCCGCCCCCGGCCCCGGGCCCGACCCCUCCUCGCGCGCCUCGCGCAUCCUCUCCCGCCUCCCGCCGUCCCUGCAGCGGUACGCGUCGCGCCUGCGCGGCGCCCCCGUGUCGCACGUGGUCGCGUUCCUGGCGCUGCACGAGCUGACGGCCGUGGCGCCGCUGCUGGGCUUGUUCGGCUUGUUCCACUAUACGGACCACGUGCCCGUCGGGUACGUGACGGAGCACUACGGCGCGUACGUGGGCGAGGGGCUGGCGAGGUUCGAGCGGUACUUUAGGCGGAAGGGCUGGUUUGGGUUUGGGGAGGGCGAGGGCGACGGGGAGGCGGAUGUUGCUGCUGCCGGGGAGGGAGGGGCUUUGGACCGGUGGCAGAAGGAUGGGAGGUACAAGGUCGUCGUGGAGGUGGCUCUGGCGUAUGCUAUUACAAAGGCGCUGCUUCCGGUUCGCAUAGUGGCUAGCCUGUGGGCAACACCGUGGUUUGCAGGCGUCCUAGGUCGCUUGCAGAUGCUAGUGAGGCGCAAACGGCCACCCCAGUAGACCCGUUGCCCGGCACUAUUGGCAGGGUACGUUCUCUUGGCGAUCACAGGAAUGGAAUUGCUUCUAUCUCCUGAUUCUAUUCGGAAUAUGUACGCUCAUUUUUGGCAUUGGCUUGCAGAUCCUAUAUCAACUAGCCUACUGCCUACUCCUCGUAGGUCCAGUCGUGCAUGGCAGACUUCCACUUAAGGACCU